AUGUUGAUGGAACCAAAUAAAAGACAUGUGAGACAGAGACUGGACUUGAAGAAACACACUUCUCUUUACUCUUCGUCCGUAAUGGAUUCGACCCACCUUCUUUUGGAAUUAGUCGGAGGUGCGUGUCCACGAAUAUGUCCUAUUGGCGGAGAACCCGUAUGCGGUAGCGACGGGGUCAUAUACGCUUCUCAGUGCGAAAUGCGGAAGAAGAUGUGCGGAAAAGGGGUUACUGUAGCAACUGAUAAAACAGCUUGUUUGCGAUCAUCGGGCAGCAAGUGCGAACAUCGGUGUCCAGCUGAUCAAGAUCCUGUUUGUGGUACUGAUGGACGUACUUAUUUGAAUAAGUGCAUGCUGAGGGUGGAGGUUUGCAGGGUUGGAAUAGAACUGUCUCAUCUUGGGCCGUGUAAUAAUAUAUCUGCCCACCGCGAAAACUGUCCAGUCUCUUGUGAUCAAGCGCCACUCGACGGACCGGUUUGCGGAAGUGAUGGAAAUGUCUACAAGUCUACAUGUCAAAUGAAAAUUCUUACAUGCAGACAAGGAGUUGUAAGGACUAACAAAAAGCACUGUCAGACAACGAGACAUUGCCGAGAAACGUGCUGGCGGGGUGCCAAGCCAGCUUGCGGUAGCGACGGAAUUCUCUACGCCAACACUUGUAAAAUGCGAGCGAAAAAUUGCGGUAAACACGUGUUCGAAGUGCCGAUGUCCUUUUGUGUAUCUCGAGAAAGAACUUCCGGAAGUGUCGGCAACGCUUGCCCGUUAGACUGCAAAGAUGAGCCGGAGGUCCAAGUUUGCGGUUCUGAUGGUAACAUUUACAGAAACGAGUGCGAGUUGAAGAUGCUUAAUUGCGGUCAAUCAAGGCGAAAAAUAACAGUAGUGGACUUUGAUAAAUGUAAAGCACGUCUUAUGAAGUGCUCAAAACAAAUGCAAAAGUGUAGCGGCGAUAUUGAUCCUGUUUGUGGUACUGAUGCUUACACGUAUCCCAAUCAAUGUCAUCUUAAUGUCGGGAUUUGUAUGAAAGGAAUUCAACUUGCACACGUUGGCGAAUGUACGACCUUGAAAGAGACUGAGCAAUGCCCAGAGGACUGUAGCAAUGAGCCUGAAGAACCUGUUUGUGGUAGUGACGGAAACGUUUACCGAUCUCUGUGCCAUUUACGACGGGAUACUUGCGGCCAGAGGGUGGUUUCCGUGCCAGCUCAGCACUGCCGUACGACAGCCCUAUGCAAUCAGAUAUGCAGCGAUGAGAGGCAGUUUGUCUGUGGUUCUGACAACAAGCUUUAUCGCAAUGAGUGCGAGAUGAAGAGAGACAAUUGCGGAAAACACGUGUACGUCGUUCCUAUGAAGCGAUGUGUCCAAGGAUUUGUAUUUCGUGGUUGCCAAAAAAUCUGCCCACCCUACUACGACCCCGUCUGUGGUACAGACAGCAUGACAUACAGCAACGAAUGCUUCCUGGAGAUCGAGAACUGUCGCAGUCGAAGCCUCGUGACUAAAUUGUAUCAUGGUAUCUGCGGACAGCCCACGGAAGAUCCGAAAAAUUAUUUAUAUUAA